GAUUACAUGCAUCCAUUCCUUUUUAAAUCUCUUAAAUAAAUAGCGUUAACAUGAUCCAGAGCGUAUACUAUUGAAAACAGGGCGUGAUUUUUCCUAAGGUAGCACAAUACUCAUCGUGAAAUAAUCAGUCAGCUAGUUUCAUGAUACGCAUAUCCACACUUAGUGCUGACCUGAACAUACAGAGCUUGUGAAUUAUGAAGAGAACUACGGGACAUUGAGAGUAUCCACACACCGUGUACCAAAAAACGCUGGCUGUGUAUAUAUGAGCCUCGGUGCUGCCCGGAAGAAAACGGGGCCACCUUAAAAGGGCAUCAGAAAGCGUCGAUUUUCCGGUACCUACUGGGUAAGAGGGAAAUGGCUUUCUUGUAUAUUGAUCCAGAUGAACAGAUCCCGAAUAUUCAUCUUUUCCAACCUUCCUCGAAUUCCGCCCUUCGGACGAAGUAUAUAUUCAACCAGAGGAGCGCAUCAAGACCAGCAAUUGUUUUACGUUGUCAUCAAGAAAGAAGAGGAGGAGCGUGAAGAUCAGCUGGAAGAUUUUCAAGAGCCUCCACUAUUAGUCACCAAGCAGGAGAAAGAGGAGCACGCAGGAGAGAGGAAGUGUUAUGGAUGUCCUCAGCCCCUUAUCACGAACUUUCAACCUACAAAUGAUAAUCCAAGCACUCUGGGAGAUGUGAACAAAGCAAAAAAGGUAAAGAAGAGGAAGAGGGUUUGUGAAGAGGAGGAGUGGGCUCCUGAGACAGCAGAGGGUGGCCGAGGCACUGACUCGAGGUACUGUCGCCUGUGUCAGCGCUGCUUUAGCUCCUCCUGGGAGCUCACUGGCCACUGCUGUACCGGCAUAAUAGGUACAGGGGACGGAGAUGGCACAAAGUUGGAGUUUCGAUGCCCUGUGUGUGGUGAUCGAUUUUUGAGGCCCACUGCCUUCAUAAUGCAUAAGCAGAGUCAUGUCGGACAAUCGCAGUACGUCUGUGGGGUGUGCGGCCGGACUUUAAAGACACUCCAAAAGCUUGCCACCCACCGGCGGUCCCACACGCGCAGCCCCCUACUACAAUUGCGGUGUCGGGAAUGUUGCCGAACCUUCCCUGGCCUGGGAGCUCUGAGGGACCACAGGAUGAGCCAACAUGGUAAAGAAGCAGAUGAGCAAGAGGAAGUGAAAGACACAGAGCACCAAGAGGCAAACACAAGGCCCCUGAGCAGUGAUACAGAGGGCCUGGUAGCCCACCCUCUCCCAUCUCCUCAGCCUCCCCAGUGCUUGCGCUGCUUCAUGACAUUCCGUGAUGUGGAGACAGCAGAGAGGCACCUGCGCUUUAAGCAUCCGGCUGAUUAUGAGCAGAAGCUCCAAGGUCACACGGUGUUUGCCUGCUGCGUCUGCGACCGCACCUUCCCAUCCUCACGCCUUCUUUCUGCACACCAGCGCACACACAGCAAAUGGAGCCUGAUCCCUGCUGGAAUAGAUGAAUCACUACAGAAAAGCAAAGAUGAGAGAGGAACAGAUAUGAAGAGGAAUGCUGAGAGCAUAGAGAGAAAACAGACAGUUGACAAUAGUGGGAGCAUACCAAGUGGAUCUAGUUCAAUGUGUUGCUUUCAUUGCCACAUCAUCUUCACUGAUCCUCGAACUUGGAAACGUCACAUGAUCUCCAAGCACCCUCCUUCCAUAGCAGCACAUCCGCCUGGCGAGAGUGGUCGUGGAUACCUGUCCCCGCGGCCGCCCCGAGGCCAGCCAAGGCCCUACCGCUGCUCAACAUGUGGAGAGAAGUUCAUCCAGGAGAGCUCCUUGAUAAAACACAGCACUGAGUCUCACGUGGGCUGAGGGGGAGCGGCGGCCAACAAUAAAAGGCAUAUUAGAGAUAAUGUUUAUUAGAUAAAAAGUACAGGACAACUGGUAGGUUUAUUACACUGCUUUACAGACACAAUUUCCAACUGUUGUACUAUAUACAGUAUAUAAUAAAGGUUCAAACUAAAUUUUAACUAUCCACAUCCAACAGAUGGAAAAUACAGAAGUUAAUCUCAGAAUUUAUCUUCAUAAAAAAGAAAACACUGGCUUCUUAAAAAAACUGGCUCAUGUAACUUUGUUGUCUUUUGUUUACCUUGUUCACCUAAGUUAUUGAAUUAUGAACAGAGAACAGGACAAAAAAUGGAAUUUCAGGGGGAAAAAGUGUGCUGUAUGUGUUCAUUAAACUAUGAACAAAAAACA